CACGGCCGUUGCCUCUAUCCACCGUUCGAUUCCGCGAGCCCACGCAUCCAUCCGGUCACUCGCCAACUAGUAUCCCCAUUCGCCGCCGCCGCCGCCGCCUUCGCCGCCGGCGAUACGGUGGUCAGCGCCGCCGCGGCCGCUCGUAUCUAAAGGUAUAUGGCCAAAAUGGUUAGUCAGUGUAUCUCUCCGCGGCAGUCCUUUCGCGUUCCUCGUUUUUCAUCAGCUCGGCCUACGCUAAGUUCACGUUUAGCAAUUGGCUACGCCAACCCGUCGUUUUGCGGUGUUAAACGCUCAAAUCGUCCGAGUUUUAUAGCAGCAGCACUGGAUGUACCAAAAAGUAUGUCCUCCCCUAAUUCAGAGAGCUCCCUGCCUUUGAAAGAGGUUAUCUGGGCAUGGUGCAAUGCUGACGCGGUGUGCUUCGAUGUUGACAGCACGGUCUGCUUGGACGAGGGUAUCGAUGAGCUCGCGGACUUCUGUGGGGCAGGCCAAGCGGUUGCUGAAUGGACGGCUAAGGCGAUGACUGGGUCAGUUCCGUUUGAAAAGGCAUUAGCUGCUCGGCUAUCGUUGUUCAAGCCAUCUUUGGGGCAAGUUGAGGACUGCAUGGAGAAGCGGCCACCAAGAAUAUCUCCUGGAAUUGCUGAGCUUGUUAAGAUGCUGAAAGCUAAAAAUGUUGAUGUGUACCUGGUUUCUGGAGGCUUCCGACAGAUGAUCAAGCCUGUUGCAAUGCAGCUCGGCAUUCCUCCUGAAAAUAUUUUUGCAAACCAGUUACUGUUUGGAACUUCUGGAGAGUAUGUUGGUUUUGACCCUUCAGAGCCUACUUCACGAAGUGGAGGCAAAGCUGUAGCAGUUCAAAACAUAAGACAGAAGUGUGGUUACAGGACACUCUUUAUGGUUGGAGAUGGUGCAACUGAUCUUGAGGCUCGGCAACCUAAUGGAGCAGACUUGUUUAUCUGCUAUGCUGGUGUGCAGAUGAGGGAAGCGGUUGCAUCAAAAGCCGAUUGGUUGAUCUUUGAUUUUGACGAACUAAUGGGCUAUUUGGUUUAGGUUUUUUUUUUCCUAGAAACCACCAGUUCUUAUUUUGUCUAUUGAUGAGUAAAUAACUGUCCAUGGAAGCACUUCAGAGAAUCAGAGCUACACAUGUCAAGGCGUUUAACAGGGAUAGUAAUAACAUGUGUCAAGCGAAGGUGUUUGAUCUCAGUUAAAAAUUCCUCUAUCUUUCUAUCAAUUUUCCUUUUCAAGCCAAUGGCACCAAGAUUCCAGAGUGUCAAUACUUACCUUGUGUGUUGUUUUGUGAUUUAUCAUUGGCCUGUUCAGAACAGGGAGGAUGUCACCCUAGAUUGAUGCCUUCACAGAUGUUGUAAUGUGAAAGCUUUUAUAGUAUGCUUGUCUUUCUUUCUCUCCUACUUGUGUUGGAAACUUGGAAUUGAGGAAUUGUGUGACUCGGUUAACUUCAAACUUUUCUGUACAGAAUCUUGGCACCGAUCAGAUUUCCAAAAGUUUGGCCUUUUGUUGUUA